AUGGACGUGGACGUGGACGUGGACGUGUACCUGGACGUAGACGUGGACUUGGACGUGGACUUGGACUUGGACGUGGACGUGGACGUGGUCGUGGACGUGGACGUUGACGUGGUCGUGGACGUGGACGUGGCCCAGGACGUGGACUUGGACGUGGACGUGGACGUGGAUGUGGACGUGGACGUGGUCGUGGACGUGGACGUGGACGUGGACGUGGACGUGGUCGUGGACGUGGACGUGGUCGUGGGCAAGGACAUGGACGUGGUCGUGGACGUGGACGUGGACGUGGACGUGGACGUGGUCGUGGACGUGGACGUGGACGUGGACGUGGACAUGGACGUGGUCGUGGAUGUGGACGUGGACGUGGACGUGGUCGUGGACCUGGACGUGGUUGGUGGACGUGGACGUGGACGUGGACGUGGACGUGGUCGUCGACGUGUAAUGGACGUGGACGUGGUCGUAGACGUGGACGUGGACGUGGACGUGGUCGUGGACGUGGACGUGGACGUGGACCUGGACCUGGACGUGGACGUGGACUUGGACGUGGACGUGGACUUGGACGUGGACGUGGACGUGGACGUGGUCGUGGACGUAGACGUGGACGUGGACCUGGACGUGCACGUGGACGUGGACGUCGACGAUCAAUGGGGGAUCACCAGUGGACCUCUGACAGACGUGGACGUGGUCGUGGACGUGGACGUGGACGUGGACCUGGACGUGGACGUGGACGCGGACGUGGACCUGGACGAGGACGUGGACGUGGACGUGGACGUGGACGUGGUCGUGGACGUGGACGUGGACGUGGACGUGGACGUGGACGUGAUCGUGGACGUGGACGUGGACGUGGACGUGGACGUGGUCGUGGAUGACGUGGACGUGGACGUGGACGUGGUCGUGGACGUGGACGUGGUCGUGGACAUGGACGUGGACGUGGACGUGGACUUGGACGUGGACGUAGACUUGGACGUGGAUGUGGACGUGGACGUGGACGUGGACGUGGACGUGGUCGUGGACGUGGACGUGGACGUGGUCGUGGACGAGGACGUGGACGUGGUCGUGGACCGUGGACACGUGGACGUGGAGGUGGACGUGGAGGUGGAUAUGAACGUGGACGUGGAGGACUUGGACGUGGACGUGGACGUGGACGUGGACGUGGACGUGGUCGUGGACGUGGACGUGGAGGUGGAUAUGGACGUGGACGUGGAGGACUUGGACGUGGACUUGGACGUGGACGUGGACGUGGACGGGGACGUGGACGUGGACUGUGGACGUGGUCGUGGACGUGGAGGUGGAUAUGGACAUGGACGUGGAGGACUUGGGACGUGGACUUGGACUGCUGGACUGGACGUGGACGUGGACGUGGACGUGGACGUGGUCGUGGACGUGGACGUGGUCGUGGACGUGGUCGUGGACGUGGACGUUGACGUGGUUGUGGACGUGGACGUGGAUGUGGACUUGGACGUGGACGUGGACGUGGACGUUGACGUGGUCGUGGACGUGGACGUGGACGUGGACGUGGACAUGGACGUGGAGGUGGAGGGUGAACCCUAA